AUGCGGCCUUUCGUUGCCAUCCAGGCAAUCUUCUUUUUCAGCGUCCUGUGGCUGCUUUAUCGCUACUAUGGUCAGCACUCCCACUUGUCUGCCGUCACCGAGGCGUCCCCGGUGACGAAGAUUGCCAUUCCCCAGACUGUCCACCAGCUUCUCCUGUCGAUGCCCGACCAUCCCAUCUCGCAUUUUGAACCCAAUGAUCACGUGAUCUCGUGGCAGCAAUCCGGGUGGAAAGUCGAGUACUGGAGCGAAGAGGCCUGCCUCGAGCUUGCACGCGAGGUGGACGCGUCAGCAAAAAUUGCAGCCGCAUUUGAGAAACUCCCCUACGCGGUGCUCAAGUCGGACUUUUGUCGCUACCUGGUCCUGUUCGGGCGAGGAGGAGUGUACAGCGACCUCGAUGUCCACCUCGUUCAGCCGCUGCCAUGGACAGUUAUGGGUUCUGAGGACCAGUAUCAUAGUCCCCCGAAUGUGAUUAUUGGACUGGAAGGAGACGCGACCACACAAGGUCUCCCUCGCUCGCCGCAGUUCGUCCAGUKGACUAUGGCGUCGACUGCUUUGCACCCCAUGUUCCGGGAUCUACUUACUCGCAUCGCGGAGAGGACGCCAAGUUUUGUGGAACAGGUGCAUGCUUUGGAGGGUGAUGCCGAGGUCAAUGUUAUGGACUGGACGGGUCCGAGUGUAUGGACCGAUACUAUCCUCGACUACUUGGGCUGCUCGGAGGAACAGAUACAGAAUCUACGGGACUUGAAGGACCCAGUGAGAAUUCGAGACGUGAUGAUCCUUCCCAAAAGAUCAUUUGCCAUCACGCAGGGGGAAGAUCACACUUUACCCGAUGUGCUGGUAAAGCACUAUUUUAGUGGCACAUGGAAGGGUUGCAAGAACCAGUGGCAUGGGUGGAUGCUACCAUGGCUUUGUUAG